AUGUCUGCAGCAAAGAUUAAAGGAAUUAAAAUAGACUGGGAGGUGACCCGACAUGAACUUGCAGAAGUGGAAGGGAUUCCUCUUACAAAGAAAAUGUGUGACAGGUGGGAUAAAAUCUGGGGUUUCCAAGCCAAACCUGAUGAUCUUCUCAUAGCAACUUACGUAAAGGCCGGUACAACAUGGACUCAGGAGAUUGUAGACAUGAUCCAACAUGAUGGAGACACUGAGAAAUGUAAACGUGCUUCCACUUCUGAACGUCAGCCUUUUAUUGAAUGGGUUCUGCAUGAAACUUUAACCCCAGGGUGGGAAAAAGCUGAAGCAAUGCCCUCACCAAGGACACUGAAAACACAUCUUCCUGUACAGCUGGUACCCCCAUCCUUUUGGGAGCAAAACUGUAAGAUCAUCUAUGUGGCAAGAAAUGCCAAAGAUAAUGUAGUAUCAUCCUACCACUUCCACAGGAUGAAUCAAAUUAUGCCUGAGCCAGGAACGUGGGAGGAAUUUCUGGAGAAAUACAUGGCUGGAAAAGUGGUCUGGGGCUCCUGGUAUGAUCAUGUAAAAGGAUGGUGGAAGGCAAAAGAUCAUCACCGUAUUCUCUACCUCUUCUAUGAAGAUAUUAAGGAGAAUCCCAGGCAUGAAAUCCAGAAAAUAUCGCAGUUCUUGGAAAAGGACCUGGAAAAGGAAAUUCUAGAUAAGAUUGUCCAUCAUACACAAUUUGAGAUCAUGAAAGAAAAUCCCAUGGCAAACUACACCAUGGUGCCUCCAGAGAUAAUGAACCAUAAAAUCUCCCCAUUCAUGAGAAAAGGUGCUGUUGGAGACUGGAAGAACUAUUUUACUGUUGCACAAAAUGAGAGAUUUGAUGAAGACUAUAAGAAGAAAAUGGCAGGAACUUCUCUGACUUUCCGCAAGGAGCUUUCAGGAGGAACCGAUUCUCCAUUAUACCAUUAACACUUCCCAUUAUUACAAGCCACCAUGAAUUCUCUGCAGAAUCUUGU